AAAUUUGAUUUGCCGUAAAGUAUUUUUAAAAUAUGGCGAUUAGGUUAUACCAUUCUUAUGUAUAUUAUCCUUUCAAAGUGAACUUUAUAGUGCUAUAAAUUAAAUGCAGUCAGCAGACAUGGAAAUUUUGGUAGAAAUCGAUAAAAAGAAAUGGCCAGAACUUCGAGAUUUGUACAGAAAUAAUUGGCCGAAGAAUGCAGUGGCGUACUGUAUUCUCGAUACGCAUAUAUCGUAUCCAAAAUUAAGUAAAAUUUUCAAUUUUAAAGUAUAUUGUCCUCAUGGAGACUUACUCAAUGGAAUGGUUGCGAUCAUUGAACAGGAUGAUUAUAUAAUUAUGAUACACCCAGUAGAUGACAUUAAAAAAUUAGAAGAAGCCCUCGCUACUACCAGGUUAAUCAAAUGGAACAAACAAUUCAUCGUACCUUCGGCUUCUUCAGAAGUUGAAGACUGUAUGAAACGAAUCGAGCCCAUUGGUAAAAGAGUUAAAGGUGAAAAAGCUUUGAAGCAUAUACUGAGCAGAGAUAACCCUAAAUUUGAAAAUCUAACAUUGCCACCAAAUACAUACAUAGGUCCGCUUAAAACAGAACAUAUAAAAUUUAUUGAUAAGAAAUGGACAUAUACUCAUGAAACAACGUACAAGUUUUUUGAAGUAUUAAUGAACAACGAUCUGACUUAUGCUCUAUAUUCUACAGACGACUGCCUUUUAGCUUGGGUAGUAAUUGAUACUAGCGGCUCGCUAACGCACUUGUACUGUGUAGACGGUCACAGAAGAAAAGGUUACGCGGAAUUUUUACUGAAAUAUGUUAUCAAUGAACAAUUAAGCAAGGGAAAGGACACAUUGGCUUAUACAUUGGAAAAUAAUCUUAAAGCAAACAGACUGUUCGAUAAAUUGAAAUUUGAGCAAAAUGAAUGCGUGAAAUGGCUAAUUCUAUACUAAUUCAUCGUCCUCCUGUCCUUAUCCCAGCUUCUCUAUCUGACGUCAUCACACAAGUAACGUUCUUUCCAGCCAUAUCACAUGUGUUUUCACGUUGCAGUAUUAUUUUAAUAGCUUACCGUUAAGCAUAAGAUUUAUAAAAAACUUCAUCAACCACAUAUUUCCCAGGAAUAGCAUCAAGUA